GAAGAAGACCACUUCCUUCUCAACGGCGCUGAUUCUGGUCUGCUCCGUGAAGCGGAAGAAUUAUGAAUCAAAUCAAAUGUUAUUGGUCACAUACAUAUUUUAUUGCUGGUGUAGCGAAAUGCUUGUAAUGCACUGACUACUGCGGAGGUUGCAUUGUUGAAAAUGCUGCAUGGACACUGCAGACAUCGGAUUGAACGUACACCAGGUUUUUCUGGUUCGCUGCACGGAUAGCGCUGCUGUAAACAGUCUGGUAUUUUAUAGGCGUCCAUUACUGGGCCUCAGACAUUAAAACUAUCUGGACUCUCGAAGAGGACGUUGUUUCAAGUGGAUCUCGGGUAGAGUUAGACGAUAACAGACAACAGGAUUCUUGGUGAAUAAGAAACGCUGAAGAAAGAAUAGCUUACACGAUGAAUCGGCAGCGUAGCUACCAGUCCCAGGGGACCCCUCAAGGAGGACAGAGCUAGUCCGUCCCCUUCCAACCUGCCGGAGUCCCCUGGUCACAACUCUCCUGGUAACGCCUUACUGCUGGAUCUGAAGAGGGUGUCUGUGUGGCUGGUCGACUGCAGGAAAACACCAGGGCAGAGUGGAACUGUGAGAGAAGGACACGAGGAGGGAGAUGAAGAUUUGAUUUCAUCAAGGGACAGCACUAACCAUUCUCUCAGUUGGAUGGGCUUGUCAUCUGCGGAGCCUCAACAACAUCGUGUUGCUGACGAGACAGAGAAGUGUCUCUAUAGACCAGAGCACCCCAAGAAACACCAGCAGAGAUGUAUAGGGAAGAAACCUCAACACUGCUGCUCUGACUGUGGGAAGAGUUUUACUAGCAGGAGUGAUUUCAUUAUUCACCAGUGGAUUCACACCCGGGAGAAACCGUACUGCUGCUCUCAGUGCGGGAAGAGUUUCACUGCUUCUAACGCCUUCCAAUCUCAUCUGCAAAUUCAUGCAGGGGAGAGGCCUUACCCCUGCCUUGAUGGUGGAAAGAGCUUCAAUCAGUCAAGCAACCUGACUACACACCAGCUAACACAAACUGGAGUGAAGCCUUUUAUCUGUGAUCAGUGUGGAAAGAGCUUUGCUAUAGCUUCCACCCUGAGUAGACACCAGGUUACACACACUGGAGAGAAGCCUUAUAGCUGUGAUCAGUGUGGGAAAAGCUUUGCUGUAGUUUCCUCCCUGAUUAGACACCAUCGAACACACACCGGGGAGAAGCCUUAUAGCUGUUAUCAGUGUGGAAAGAGCUUUGCUGUAUCAGAAAAACUAACUAUACACCAGCGAACACACACAGGAGAGAAGCCUUAUAGCUGUGAUCAGUGUGGGAAGAGCUUUGCUGUAGUUUCCUCCCUAAUUAGACACCAUCGAACACACACUGGAGAGAAGCCUUAUAGCUGUUAUCAGUGUGGAAAGAGCUUUGCUCUAUCAGAAAAACUAACUAUACACCAGCGAACACACACAGGAGAGAAGCCUUAUAGCUGUGAUCAGUGUGGGAAGAGCUUUGCUGUAGCUUCCACCCUGAAUAGACACCAGCUAACACACAGUGGAGAGAAGCCUUAUAGCUGUGAUCAGUGUGGGAAGAGCUUUGCUGUAGUUUCCUCCCUGAUUAGACACCAUCAAACACACACUGGAGAGAAAACUUAUGUCUGUCUAUGUGGGAAGAGCUUUGCUCUAGCUUCCACCCUGACUACACACCAGCGAACACACACUGGAGAGAAGCCCUAUAGCUGUUAUCAGUGUGGCAAGAGCUUCAGUCAAUCAGUACACCUGAAUACACACCAGCGGACACACACAGGAGAGAAGCCUUACAGAUGUGACCAUUGUGGAAAGAGCUUCAGUCAAUCAGUACACCUGAAUACACACCAGCGAACACACACCGGAGAGAAGCCUUACAGCUGUGAUCAUUGUGGAAAGAGCUUCAGUCAAUCAUUAAACCUGAAAACACACCAGCUAACACACACUGGAGAGAAACAUUAGAUAGACAUACAGUACCAGUCAAAAGUUUGGACACACCUACACAUUCCAGGGUUUUCAUUUUUUGUAUUUUCUACAUUGUAGAA